CCGAAGAGUGAGCUCAGCUGUUCGCUCCGAGCUGCCUCUCUCCUUUUAUGGUCAAACAGCUCAGGCAGGGGCGAGGCACCCUUUUUUUUCCGCUUAAAAAAAAAAAGCUACCCAGAAGUUGGCGAUGGGCUAGGAAGUGUCGGCCCGGAGCAGUUGCUCUUUGCACUUCCCACUCCCCGCCUCCUCUGGGCAAAAGCCAAGCAGCGCACAAAGUUGCUCGCGGGCCAAGCGAGCGGCAGGCAGGCGGGCGGGCAAGCGAGCAGCAGCCCUCCUUCCCGGGAGGCCGGGAAAAGAGGCUUUCCCUUGGCCCUCUCCUCCUCCUCCUCUCCUCCUCCUCCUCCUCCCGUAGGGAUCCAAUAACUGAGCCCCCUUCUAGAGGCUGCUGCUGCUGCUGCAGUGGUUUCUUGGAGCCUCGCCCUCAAGAUGCGGGUGAAACAUUAGGAGCAAAAACUACCAGACCGUGGCCACAUUGCCCAGAAAAGCCAGAACAGCAGGUGCUGAGCCGGCCUGUUUUCAAGAUGGCCUCCUCAGGAGCCCCAGGAACCCGCAUGACCUCCUCAGUCAGCAUCAACAUCUCCACUCCAAGUUUCUACAGUCCCCAGAAGAAAUUUGCACCUGUGGUUGCUCCCAAGCCCAAAGUGAACCCCUUUAAAUCUGGCGGGGCUGGGCCCGGAAAUGGCUUGGACCAGAUGCCACCUCCGCCGGCGGGGGCUUGUGCUCAGGUGGGGAAGGUGGGUGAGAUCCCUACAGCGACAGCACCUUCUCUUAUUGAAGAUCUUCCGCUGCCUCCACCACCCCCUCCAGGAGAAGACAUGGUUCUCUCCACCAGCAGUGCCUUCCUUCCUCCACCUCCCCCGUUUGUGGAGCCAUUUCCCCCAGCUCCAGAGGACAUUUUUCCAUCUCCGCCUCCUCCAGUGAUAGAGGAGGAUCCUGUUUCUCUGAGUGGGCUGCCUGCUCCUCAGGGGCAGGCCCGUGGCAAGAUGAGCAGCAUUGAUUUGGAGAUUGAUUCUUUGUCCUCAAUGCUGGAUGAGAUGGAGAAGAAUGAUCCCUUCAAACCCCGGGUGUUUCCUGGAUCUGUGGCUGCUGCAGGUGUAUCUGCUGGACCAAAGAUUUCCUUGGAAAACGUGGCUCCUCCAAAAGAUGACCCCCCUCCUGUUUCCAAUGCUGUCUCGAGUCCAAGUGGAAUUUACUUGUCCAAAUCGCAAAGAGAAGCAUCUCCACCUCCCCCACCCUGGGUGACUUCGAAGCAGCGUAGAGACUUGCCGUCUGCACCGCUCCCCACGCCGCCACCUGCCACUGUUCCUCCUCCACCAGCUCCAUCUGCUCCCAAGUUCACGCCACCCCCUGUUGCUGUUGCCCCUAAAUUUGUUCCUAAGCCAGCUCCUUCCAGUUUCCCAAGACCUGCUGCUCCAACCUCUUCUCAGUCUCACUCGUCGGCCCCUUCUGGUACUGGUCCAGCCCUAAAGCCACAGCCACCUACCUUCACUUAUGCACAACAGCAGGAAAAACCUCAGGUCCUGGAGAAGCCACGCCCUAUGGCACAGCCACCUGCCCUGCGAGAUACGCGCAAUCCAGUAACCUUUGCAAACGAAAGGUCAGAUCCUCCCAGAGGAAAUUCUGUUCUGACCAUGAAGGAGGUAGAAGAGCUGGAGAUGCUAACUCAGAAGCUGAUGAAAGACAUGGACCGUCCUCCUCUUGCAGAAGCUUCCACUUCUGCAGAGCUGUGUGACCUUUGCAACAAGGCCCUGUCACGGACGCAGCCGGCUGUCCGUGCCCUGGACAAGUUGUUCCAUGUGGAGUGUUUCACUUGCUUCAAGUGUGAGAGACAGCUGCAGGGACAGCAGUUCUACAACGUAGAUGAGAAGCCCUUCUGUGAGGAAUGCUAUGCUGGCACUUUAGAGAAGUGUUGCGUGUGCAAGCAAACCAUCACAGAUCGGAUGCUGCGAGCCACGGGCAAUUCUUAUCACCCUCAGUGCUUCACCUGCGUGGUGUGCUACAAACCCCUGGAGGGAGCCUCCUUCAUUGUGGACAAAGCCAACCAGCCCCACUGUGUGGAUGAUUACCACAGGAAAUAUGCGCCUCGCUGUUCGGUAUGCACUGAGCCCAUCAUGCCCGAACCUGGGAAGGACGAGACAGUCCGAGUGGUGGCCCUUGAAAAGAACUUCCACAUGAAAUGCUACAAAUGUGAGGAUUGUGGGAAACCUCUCUCCAUUGAGGCCGAUGAUAACGGCUGCUUCCCGCUGGAUGGCCACGUGCUGUGUAGGAAGUGCCACACCACCCGUGUCAAAGCAGCCGCCUGAGGGUUAUUUGGAGCAUGAUGUGCCCUCAGGGUACCCCCUUUCUCCCAUAUCAGUGGGCCUGAUGUCCCUCUGUGCUGUGAUCCUGCUCCUUGUCUCCUGUCGGAAUCAUUGUGUGUUUCUAACUAGACUCUAGCAAUGGGUCGAAUCUUGUGGGUCCAUUCUUCUAGUGGAGGCAUGUUCCUCUAGCGGAAAGAUCCUCUUUGAGUAUCUUGUGCUGGGGAGGACUCCUUCCAUUAGAGGAAUGCACUUCUGCUAGCAGAAUGGAUCCAGUCUAACAUCUCUUCCUUUCCACUCAAGGGCACCUCCGACCCUUAAAAUGAAAUAAAGGGCACCCUGCCCUUACAAGAAGGCAUAUUCCUUAAUUCUCCCCUACCUUGGCUGCAGUGCAUUGUUCUCGAUGCUGUACAAAGUGACUUGGAGGCAGGUCUUGCUUUAAGUCCCACCGUCCUCCUGAGUGUGAGUGACAAACGAAUCCUGGAGAACCAAGUUGGCAUCUUCCAAGUUGCCCUCCUUCCGGUCCCUGAUCCCUGCAAAGUGGGGCUCUGUUUUUCCUUCUCAGUGGUGUCCCCUGCUCAGGUUUGGAAUGCCGAACUGCACAUUGAUGUUUUGUUUUUCUAAUGACCCCAUCAGAAGUUGUUCUGCAAGAUGGGCAGCAUAAAGCUACUGGCUUUGCUUGCCUAAACCUUUUGUUUCUGCCAGUGAGGAACAUGCUCCUCUCUCCACCUCACCCUUUUCCAUUCCUCGGAUUGUUCUCCUUUGUGAUGUUUUGUCUUUGGCUUAGUCAGCAAUCCAAAGAACUUAUCUGUUUACACAGAGCUUGUAAUAGUUCUGAAUCGGUGUUCAGAGAGCCGUCGUCCUCCAGGGGGGACGUUCGUUUGCUCACUGCCUCUGUAAGGGGGUGAAGGGGCAGGAGGAAUGCUGUUCAGAUUGUUAACUGCCCUGAUCACUUGUAACAGCCCCAAAGACUGUUCUUGGGAGUUCUCCCUGGCUGUCAAUCACCAAACAGAACCCGAGUUCCUGGACUGAACAGGCAUUUUGGAUAUUGUAUUUUUCCGGCCGCUCUCUGCAUCCAAUAAACUUUAUGAGGUUUGGGUUUUUUUCACAUCA